AAGCCCGCUGGAGAGCAGACGUGCAGCAGCUCCAGGGGAAGCGUCCACUAUGGCUGAGACACACAGCUUACAGGACCUCCAGCAGCCAGCUGGCUCCUCCAAGGUGUUUGUACAGAGAGACUACAGCUCAGGAACCAUCUGCAAGUUCCAGACCAAGUUCCCCUCUGAACUCGAGUCAAGGCUUGAUAAGCAGCAGUUUGAGGAAACCAUCCAGACUCUGAACAACCUGUAUGCAGAGGCAGAGAAACUAGGGGGGAAGUCUUAUUUGGAGGGCUGUCUGGCCUGUCUGACUGCCUAUACAGUCUUCCUCUGUAUGGAGACACACUAUGAAAAGGUGUUAAAGAAGAUCGCCAGGUACAUUAAGGACCAGAAUGAGAAGAUAUAUGCUCCCAGAGGCUUGCUGUUGACCGAUCCCAUAGAGAGAGGCCUCAGAGUCGUUGAAAUUACCAUCUUUGAAGACAGAAGUAUUGGCUCUGGAAGAUAAAGAAACUUGCGGCUGAUGACUCUGAUCAGAUUCUCUUCAUCUGUCUGGCGGCACAUAUUCCAAACGUCUGCUAUACCUGAAUGGAUGUAUAUAAGUUUGAUCUGAUCCUUUUCUCUGUUAUUUAUAAGUACUCUACUGUCUGCCUAUCUUGUUAUGUUUGUAUAUGUGUUUUCAUGUCUUUUUAUACAUGCAGCGAUGUAUAAAUUGUGUCCUAGUUGAUCAAGACCGGUCUUUAUGAAUCGUGCCAUUGUGUUAAACUCGACUUCCUGACCAUGGUAAAUAUAAGUGAUUUGAUUUGAUUUGUAUUGUUUUGCAAAUUAUAUAAAGUCAAAUAAUAUAACCAUAUAAAGAACUGUUAGAGCAAUAGGACGGAGAUCGUUGGCACAGUCUGUAAACAGUAAUUCUGUUAUGGGCACCGUCAGUAUUAACAUUGUGGUUGUAGCCUUUGUUGAGGCAAAUGUUUUUUUAUCUGUGCAUGAAUGUGACUUUCAGAGGGGGCGAUCAUGUCAUGUGAAACACAUGGGAAGUCCUGAACUAGAGUUUGUGUGACUUCAAAGAUGGAGCAUGUUUACUGUGAUCACAAAAUAAUGACAUGAUCUAGUAGAUUUUGAGAAGUGGCCAUCUCUGCCGUGUCAUAUUCCAACUGCACUGAAUCUCCCAAAUCCUGUUCAGCAGUCUUGUUAAAUGUCUCAUAAGAUUCACUACCUGUAUUUUGAAUGUCAUCCAAAAUCACCAAACACCACAGAAACCUUAAACACUUUGAACUCCACAGAUGAUUGCUAUAGUUGGUGUUUGAUACAACUCAUGUACUUUUUCUUACAAAUAUUGUUCUGUUUUAUCUAAAUAAAUAACCUUUUCCUGCAA